UUGUGUUCACAAUGACAUCCUGCAUGCUAUGGAUGAGGGGAAACUCACCGCUCUAGUGCUAUUGGAUAUGAGUGCUGCGUUCGACACUGUUGACCAUAGUAUUUUGCUUGCUAGACUUAGUAAGUAUAUUGGUGUUAAAGGCCGUGCAUUGGAAUGGUGCCGGUCGUACUUGUCUCAUAGACCUCAACAUGUAUGUGUGGGAGAAGCCGUUUCUGAACCGGUCUUCUUGAAUCAUCCUGUACCACAGGGAUCUGUCCUCGGACCCCAGUGGUUUACUAUUUACAUAUACCCAAUCCGAGAUAUCAUUAGUAGAUAUAAUCUAUCUUACCAUGUGUAUGCUGAUGAUACACAGAUUUACCUUUCAUUUAAGCCUACAAUUUCACAAAGUCAUAUUUCUCUUGAAUCUCUUGAAAAUUGCAUCUCCGAGUUGUGUAGGUGGAUGAAACAAAACUUCCUUAAACUAAAUGAUGAAAAGACGGAAUACAUUUUAAUUGGUUCACGUCGACAGCUUGAAAAACUUCCACAAAAUUACCUCACCAUUGGAGAAUCUCAAAUUUACUCCUCACCGCUUGUUAGGAACCUUGGUGUUAUUAUGGAUUCUACUUUAACAAUGAGUAAUCACAUCUCUAAAACUACCUCCACUUCAUCUUUCCAUAUACGCAACAUUCGUAGUAUUAGAAAAUACAUUGACAAAACAGCGGCCGAACAACUUGUGCACUCAUUUGUCACCUCCCGUCUCGAUAUGGGGAACUCCCUGCUAUAUGGACUUCCACAAAAACAUUUACACCGUCUUCAAUUAAUUCAAAAUAUGCACAUAUUACCAACAUUCUGAAAGAUUUACACUGGCUUCCUCUAACGCACCGGAUUAUUUACAAAAUUUUGCUGAUCGUUUUUAAAUUCAAAACUGACUUGGUUCCAGACUACAUUGCAGAUAUGUUCCAUUGGUAUGCUCCUAAACGUAACUUACGUUUUUCCAAUCAACUCCUCCUGCAUCAGCCCAAAUCACACAAUUCCUGGGGAGACAGAGCCUUUUCUGUUGCUGCUCCACGCUUGUGGAACAAUCUGCCUUUGACAAUUAGAUCUUGUGAGUCAAUAAAUACUUUCAAAUUGUCUCUGAAAUCACAUCUGCUAAGAGAUGCCUUUCCAACAUUAGACGGUAAGUAGUUAGGAAAUAAGGAAAAAGAAAAGUCACGACGAUACUUGCAUGUAACUUGAAUGAAUAGGUAAGGAAACUGAAAGGAUAUGAUUGUAAGGAUUGGAAACUUGAGGUGAGGGGUGUGAUAAUUUUUUUUUUUUUUUUUUUUUUUUCUCUAAGAAAGAA